AUGCCGCUGCCUCCCGCAUCUCUCUACCAUGCCCACCCAUCGCGCACGUCCGCCGACUGCAACCCCCACCACGGCACAUCGCCCUGCUCUGCACGGGCGCUCCCCGGCCCUUGUUCGCCGGCCACCAUCUCCCACCGCUUUGUGGCGCAGGCAGUCGAGGAUUCCCAAGAGGCCUCUGGAGGUACCAAGGCUCUGUGCUCCCGCCUGCUGCUGCACGCUCCGAUUCCGCCCCUCGCUACGUGUGCCGCACGCUGGCGCCCAUGCAGCCUUCCGGCCGACCGUUGCUCCUACACCUCGACGAUCGCGCCUCGAGGCUCUCAGCCACCCUCUUCCACCACUCUCUGCAAUGCGCCAGCCCCAGCGGUGCUCAUUCCGCCCAUUUGGAGGCCUGUGGGAACCGAGCCAAUGCGUAAGCGUCACGGCGCGUCCAUCUGCCUGUGCUCGACUCUCGUGCCGACACUCCUCGACCUCCGCCCCUCUCGCGCCCGGUACCGGCAGCCGCCCCGUCGCCACCACCUCAAGACCAGAGGUCGAGCAACCGCGCACUCGGCACGAUGGGUUCGACACGUUAAUGCGUACGGCAAGGCCGCGACAGGAAGUUCCUCACGCGAUGCGCAGGCCGCCUCAAUGCGUGCAAGAGCUAACGCAGACGAGGUUCCUCCGACGAGGUUCCUCCAUCCGGCGCUGCGUGAACUCUUCAACGAGACGAUCGCGAUCCACCCGACGGCCUUUGAGGACACGGAUCCGGACACGAAUGAACUGGUGUUCAUCGGGAGCAAGACGGAGAUGGCACUGCUCAAGUUCGCGAAGGAGCUCGGCUGGGCGGACUACAAGAAGACGCGCGAGGCCGCGGACAUCGUGCAGAUGGUCCCAUUCUCGAGCUCGCGCAAGGCGAUGGGCGCCGUCGUCAAGCUGGGCGACGGCAGGUGCCGCUUGUACCUCAAGGGCGCGAGCGAGAUCCUCGCGUGCAAUGAGCCGGCCGGUGUCGAGACGAGGGAGAUCGACGACCUGGCGAGGGACAAUGUGUCGCGGGCGACCAUCUUCUAUGCGAACCAGAUGCUGAGAGCGAUCACGCUGUGUUAUCGUGACUUCGAAUCCUGGCCGCCUGCAGGUGCGUCGUACACUGCAGAUGACGAGGUCGAGUAUGAAGAUUUGGCCCGGGAUCUGACCCUCAUCGCGAUCACGGGGAUCGAGGACCCUCUGCGAGAAGGCGUCCGUGAAGCUGUCGCGAACUGCUUCAAGGCCGGUGUUACUGUGAAAAUCAUCUUCUCUGAGGGCGGCCCCAUCAUGGAGGGCCCUGUGUUCCGGAAACUAAACGACCAAGAGCUCCUGGAAGCUGUCCCUCGCUUGCAACUGCUCGUUGAGAAGCUGCGUGAGCUCGGCGAGAUCGUCGGUGUCACUGGCGAUGGUACGAACGACGGGCCUGCCCUCAAGACCGCGGACGUCGGCUUCUCUAUGGGUAUCACGGGCACGGAAGCUGCGAAGGAGGCGUCCGACAUUAUCCUCAUGGACGACAACUUGGCGUUGAUUGUGAAGGCGAUCAUCUGGGGUGGCUGCAUGAACGACGUGGUGCACAAGUUCUUGCAGCUCUCGACGAACGUCAGGCCAUCGUGGUGGCUUUUGUUUCGGCCGUUGCAUCGGCGUCGGAGUGGUCUGCUCUCGGCGGUGCAGCUGUUGUGGAUUGACAUCAUCAUGGACACGUUCGCAGUGCUCGCUCUGGCUACGGACCCUGCAUCUCCCGUGCUCUUGGACCGCUCUCUCCACCGCUCGGAUACCCUCUCUGUCAACCACUCCUACCUGCAUUCGCAAUCCUCGCGACACUUCGGUCUCGCCUCGUCCAUGACAUCGCUGUACUCACGCCAUGAAAGGGACCACGAACGGGAUCGUGAGGAAGCAAGGACGCAACCGACGUUGCCGCCGUCCGGCCACUUGGGAUUGCCUCCGACCCCGCUGUACAUCGCCAGGCUGCCCGGUGUAUCCGUUGGCGAUGGCGAUGGCGCUUCCGAGAUGGAGCGAGACCGCGUCUCACGGCCCAAGGGAUCCCGUGCACCGAGCCCCGCCGGACGGGUGCCGCAGAGCAACUACCGUUCGACAGACCACAGUAGCUCGCUGAGCAACACACCGCCCCUGAACGGCGUCACAAACGGCGCUGCCAGAGGAUCCCGAGAGGCUCUGACGCAUCGCAGGCAAGCGGUGGUGGCCCACGCUUCCGAGGACAUGGGUGCCGAUGCUGACGCUGGCGCCGACGCGGAGGUCGGUGCAGAUGCUAACGCGGAUGCCGACCUGCUCGACGCGGUUGACGCGGCCGAGGCCAACAACUUCUAA